GGAGGGGGCGGGACGCAGAGAGCCGGGCUGUGAUUGGCUGCGGCGCGACGGCGGAGCGGUUUGAAUUGCAGGGAGGCGCCUGCGUGGGGCGGUGCCUCUCUAGAAACCAUGGUGAAGUACAAGCAGCGCCGGCGCGAGCUGCGGGCCCGGGCCAAGCUGCAGGAGAAGCGGAGGAGGAGGAGUGUGGCCUCACCGCCCCCGCGCCUGGCUGUCCCCGCUCCCAGGUCAGUGGACGAUCCUCCUCCCAACACAGUGUGCAGCCAAAGUUGCCGCCCCUCGGUCUGGAGUGUAGCCAUGCCCAUUGUGAAGAAUGCAGUAAAGCCCUUAGCAAUGACAGUGUCAUCAGUCUGCUCGUGGUGCCAGAACAGUAUUGCACAGAGUUUUGAAGUCAUCAAAGACACCAUAUUCCCAUCCCGCUUAUAUCUACGAGAGCUGAAUGCGCUUAGGAAAGAAAUGCAAAAGCUGGAAACUGAAUUUUCCAGACUACAAGGAAUGCUCCAGAUGAGCGGGACUGUGGUUCGUUCCUCAGAAAACUCCCCUUGCCAAAGAUGUAAUAAACCAUUAAUACAUGCUCCUGUAUGUGCACAGAUCAGCCUUCUAGAGCUGGUAUCUGGGUCUCCUACAGCAGUGCUACAACCUGCAGCUGCUCCCCCUCCACCACCACCACCUCCUCCUCCACCACCACUGCCCCCACCACGCCCCCCUCCAGCACCUUUACUUCUCAAAAGGGUCAAUGGCAAUAAAGCCCCUCUGGCCGUAUCAGUAAAAAAAGAUGGUCCCAUACAAAUCACAAUGAAGGAUCUCCUGAAUGUAAAACUAAAGAAGACCCAACCCUGCACAAGACCAGAUAAGGGGGGAUCACCAGUGAAGACUCACGGGGCAUUAAUUACGGUUUCAGACUUACAAAGCAUUAAUCUGAGACCUAAAUCCAACCUACCACCAGCUCGAAUUGCAAACUUCUUAAUCACUCCCAGCAAAAAUCAAUUAGAUCUUCGAAAACAUCUAAAAAGAGUUGAUAUAAAGAGAAGUCCUGGUGGAACUCCAUUAAACAACAAAGAGAACAUGGCGACUGGCACAGGAUUGACACCCAUAAUGACUCAAGCACUGAAGCGCAAAUUUCAGAUGGCUCACCCCAAGAGUCCCUCUCCAGCUCCAUUACACACUGCAAGCAGCUUUGAUGAGCAGAACUAGAUGGGUGGCUGAUAUUUUUAUAACAAUUUGAGGGUCAAAUACCACUUGUUUGACUUGUCAGAAAUCCAUGUGUCGAAGGUAUCAUGUUUGUUUUAAGCAAGUAUAGUACACAUGAGAUGUGCUAUUUGAUAAUGUUCUUGUCACAGAAAAAUUCAGCCUUCCUUGUGACAUCUUCGUUAUGCCUCAAACUUUACCUGCCAGGACUUAUGCUAAGGGUGAGAGGAGUGAGGUCUCUCCUUGGUCCUUUCAGAUCUUUGACUUCUUCCGUAAGAAAGGGAGCAGUUAAUGCUGCUUACAAGCUGUGUCUACAUGAGAUGCUGACUGAGCACUAGCUCAUUACUACUACGCAAUUGUGUUGCACGUUAUGAAGCGUGACGUGAUGCUAGUACGCAGUAGUAACAAGCUAUUACACAGUCAGUGUCUCCAAGAAGCUGUGUGGGUACGCUACAGUACAGUAACACUGGUUACCAUGCAGUCAUUUAGUACUUGCGUAUACAAGUACUAAAUGACUGCGCAGUAACAACCGCACAGUCAAUGUCUUGUGUAGAUGCAGCCACAGUGGUGCUUUCUGAGACUGAGAUGCACAUUUAAGUAUUUCAAUUAAUACUGUUUAACAGCUUUUAACUCAAAGGCUUAUUUUUAACUCUGCUUUGUCAUGACUAAUACAGUUAAGUGGCUCAGUAAUAAGGUAUAAAGUAAUAACAG